UAUACCAAUAUCAGACUUUGUGAGAACAAGAAGAUUCAUUGUAUCUCAUGCACCAUGGCGGACUUCCACAACGAGUUGGAAUUCAAAUCGGACAGACCCCUCUUCGGCUCAAACUAUAUCCCCGCAUCGACAGUGCAAGUGCACGCCUCAAAUCUACUCCAGCUUCCAAAUGGCGAUCUGUUGUGCGCAUGGUUCGGUGGAUCUCAAGAAGGUCUUUCUGAUAUUUGCAUUCACCUAUCGCGACUGAACAAAGAAUCCCGAGAAUGGUCGACACCACAAAAGAUCUCAGACGACCCAGACCGUAGUGAACAGAACCCGGUAUUGUUUCUGAACCCCGAAACCAAACAUUUGUGGAUCAUGUAUACCGCGCAACCAGCGGGAAACCAAGACAAAGCCAUUGUACGAUAUCGAGUGUCAACCGACGACGGACAAACAUGGGGCGUGUCGCAAAACCUAUUUGAUGAUGAAGGGCUCUUCAUCAGACAACCAAUUGUGAUUCUGAACGAUGGCACUUGGGUACUUCCUGCAUGGUACUGCCGCAACCCUCCAGGUUUCCGAUGGGUGGGCUCGGACGAUGUCUCCGUGAUCAAAUAUACGAAAGAUGGUGGAAAAACCUGGCAUGAGAAAGAAGUUCCCGAUUCAAUUGGAGCGGUGCACAUGAACAUCAAGCCACUCCGCGACGGCUCCUACAUCGCAUUCUACCGCUCCCGCUGGGCAGACAACAUAUACACGUCGACGUCUGCCAACUGCAUAGAUUGGACGGAGCCCAAGCCUACUUCGCUGCCGAAUCCCAACUCUGGCAUCUGCUUUGAGGUGCUCUCCGACGGCCGCCUCAUUAUGAUCUAUAAUGACUCUCAAUUCCAACAGGGACAAGCCAAACGCGAAGGCCUGUACGACGAUAUCACACCUGCAGAUGAUAAGCGAAUGAAUCAGACUGGAUCAACCAGCAAAAACGCCAUAUGGGGAGUUCCAAGAAGAAUGAUGAUGGUAGGGUUGAGUAGCGACGGAGGGAAAACAUGGAAGAAUAAACUAUUGCAAGAGGGAGAUGGAUUCUGCAUGACGAACAACUCGCGAACGAAAGAGAAUCGAGAGCUGAGCUAUCCUAGUAUCUGGAUCGACAGGGGAGACAAAGACAUUGUGAACGUGGCAUUCACUUUCUGGAGGCAACGAAUCAAGUUCUGUCGUUUCGAUGUUGAUUGGGUAGAUAGCUGA